AGAAGCUGAUGUACACUAAACUGAUGCCUGCUGAUAUUGUUAGCAUCGUUAGGCAAUUUCUGAAGCUGGCUUGUAACUUCUGUAGCACAGAUACUGGCAAGGCUCUUGUCUUCGAAGCCAGACACCGCGUGCAUCACGUUAAGCCCAUUCAGCCCAACAUUGCUAGAGGUCCCCCCUCUUACCUACACAUAUCAAACACCCAAGCCGCGCUCACCAAGGCGUGGUCUCAUCCCAUCUUGAGUGUGACAAGAUAUCUCUGCUUUUGUUGACUCUGACAUCAAUCUUCCCAGCCGCUCGUGCACAGCAAUUCGUCGCAACGGCCAUCAUGAGCUUGACAACCGAAGGCAACGCGCAGCCGAUUUCGUGCUUGGAGUGUCGUCGUCGGAAGCAGAAGUGUAAUCGUCAGUUUCCAUGCAACCAUUGCUCGAAGAGAGGAGUCGCCCAUCUGUGCAGAUUUGUUCCGAAGAAAGCCAACAAAAGCGAUACAGCCUCUGACGAGGGCUCAUCGAGUGUGUCCAAGAAACGGGCUUUAGAGUCCCCCGAAGAGUCUUAUUUCGAUGAGAACGGCUGCCAAGAUAAUGAAAACGACGAGGCCGACGAGGUGGAUGCUCUCAAUGCCCUCGGGUAUAUGCCACACACACACCACGUGUUGCUUGGUAAGACAAACAAGGGUACGGUUGAUGCGGACGAUGAGCCUGUCCAGUCGAAGGAACUGCAAACUGCCAUCAUGUCAAUGCCUGCCAAGCCAUAUAUGGAUUGUUUGGUGGACAACUGGCUCAACGGUGCAAACCAUCACUACUACGUUUUGUAUCGACCUCAGUUUAGGACCCAGUAUGAUGGAUGGUGGGCGACACCCGCGAACAAGCGUACAACAGAGUUGACCAGUUUGAUCCUGCGGGUUUGUGCCUGCUCGGCCUUGUACAUCAUGGACGCUGGCGUCAUGGACAGACUAGAGUAUGAGCUUGGGACUGAUGCAUUGACACUCGCUACCACCUUGCACACAACAGCGGAGAAGCUCAGUAAAAUGGUACCUUCUGGGAAAGGGGGGCUAGCCCAUGUCCAGCAGCUCUUCUUGACCGGUUUCUGGUACAAGUCGGCCGAGAAAUGGACCGAAGCGUGGCAUGCCCUAGGAACUGCCAUUCAUGCAGCAUAUGAGAUAGGACUUCACCAGGAUUCUUUAUCUGAUGGCAUGUCGGAGUUUGACCGCGAGAUGAGAAGACGUGUUUGGGGUAUCCUGUAUAUAUGGGACUUCACCUUGAGUUCGAUGCUUUCUCGGCCAUUGCUCGUUAACCACGCCGACUGCACAUUCGUAGAGCCAACGUUAGCUCUCGACAAAGACCCCGAAAACCCAGAUAAACCGUCCCCUUUUCUGCACAUAAAUCUCCACAGCUCCCUGUGCUUGAAGAUGGCAGCAGAACUCAAGACCGUGCUGUCCGGCAACUCCAUUCCGACCGGAAUGAGUAAGGCCUUGAUGAGUAAGGCUUUGAAAGACAUUGUACAGAAGUGGAUGGACGAACUGCCCGCUGCAUAUGCUCUCCAAAACCCAGACACUCAAUGGGACGCGGAGAAUGAUUGGAUCGUAUUCCAACGUCGCUAUCUUCACCUCGUCGGUCACAUGUGCUUGUUCGAUCCUCUCAAACAAUUCGUAACUCGAGAUUCUGCAGAGCCAUUGUCUGAGUUGGAGCUGGAACUUCGUGAGUCGGGUGUGUUAGCCGCAUUGGGCCUCAUGGAAGUAUCUCGGACGUUCUUCGAGCAUCUCGCGUCUGCCGGCGCAAAAUUCCACUAUGCCGUCUUUUGCAUCUUUGACACCACCACUGUCUUGUGUUCUGGACUGGUCCGUGACGAAGCCCGGAAUUUGCCACAUCGAGAGACUGUGCUUGAAUCCAUCAAGCGCGGGUUGAGUAUGCUGCACGAGUGUACCGGCGACUCAAAGACGACAUUGAGCCUGUGCCGGAUUCUGGAAAAAAUGGUUGCAAAUUUGCCACUUAGCUAUCGGGAGAAAGGACUAAUGGGUUCCACCAAGCGAGUGAAGUCCAAGAGCACGAGUACGUCUCCGAGUGUUUCUUCGGCUGCUGGUGGGCUCGAAGUCGCGGACCCUGCUCGGCAGGGCAGGAGUAUCGAUUCGGCCAUCCACUUGGUUGAGGAACCUCGUCAAGGCGAUAACAUCGGCAGCAAUGUUUCCGGCGAAGUCUCAGCCGUCAUCGACAACAACUCGGCUGCACCCGAGGCAGGAGUAAGAGGUGAUGCUGGGCCAAAUUAUGCAGAGCCCCUCCAGGUGUGCGACCUGCUGCCGCCGCCGCCGCCAGUAGAAGCAGCAACAGCACCAUGGCAAACCACCGUGGAUCAGUUUGGCAAGUUCCAGCCAGCUACGUAUGAGAUGGCUCAACGCAACGACCCAGGCCAAUACGGGCAACUUGACUGGCAGCUUCAACAAUAUCACUUGAACAACAAUCUGGACCUGUUCGAUGGGGUGCAACUGCUCCCACUCGACGGAGGGGUUCCAACCUUGCUAGAGCAUUGGGACUGGGAGGGCCUCCACGUUGGAAAUCCUAGGCUGUGGGACAGUCCUUCUCCGUUGGCUUCGCCUUGAGCUCUGGUGACAGAUGUACAUGGCGAUGCAUGGGCGCUGGUUGUCCUGUGCCUGGGGUGUUAGGUCUUAGUCCAGCCAAUGGACAUGGAGAUAAAGCUGAGGGAAUGGGUUGUUGUUUACAGAAUGUGGGCGAGUUCUGUUCUGGCUCAGAGGAGGAGGAACCUUGCAUUGCAGAGCCGUUCAAGGAGCAUCGAUCGAGGUAUUGUUUCGAAUAGAAGCCGCAUUAGUACAGGCAAGGAGAAUGAAUGGUUGGAUCAGAUUCGUGCUUGGUGAUUGGGCCUGUUGAUUUGUGGGAUAUUAAAGUUGGAGUAGUACGGUUGCAAAUAGAACAAUCAAAGAUUUUGGUAAAGGUUGAUGGCCCCGACAGAUGAAGGACUGAGUGAGUGAGAUGGAGACGGAUGAGGCCGGGUGUCCAGGACUGAAGAUCGGGGAUGGAAGCGGAGGGCAACGCCAAACUUCUGCUUUGGGCGCCAGUUUCUGCGGUCAGACGGGGAAAACGUUGGCGCUUGUGCAUUGUUC